AUAUCACACUUUAUAGCUGAAUAAUAUUAUCGUUGGUGGUCUCGGAAGUUAUAGAAAAUGCGAUCAAACAUCGAAUGGAGUGACUUUGCAGACAUAUGUGCUAUGUGAAGAUUCGCUAAUUCUUUUGCACAACUGUAGGGAAGCCUGCCUAUGAAAUGGAUCAAACAAAUCCAGACUGGGUACCAACGCUACACAUGGGGCACUCCGAAAUCCGAACAUCACAUGCAGACCGUCACAGGAGGCGAACACAACGGGAACAAAAGAAAGCACUAGUAGGAGGCUUUCACAAUGGAGCAGCAAAGUGUGAAGGUGAAGCCUCAGCAGAAGUUACCACAGAAGAGCAGCCAGAGAUGGACACCACAGAAGAGCAACACCAUAACAACCCUGUGAUUUUGUCUGAGGGCCAGAUUUGUGAUGGACACGUAGAAGCAGAGGUAACAGGUGCAGAUGCAGAAAACGCUGAUCUCAGAGAGAGACAGACAGAAGAUCAAAGACCGACAAUUGAUUGUGUGCGCUGUGUACAGAGCAGAGCAGAAAUAAACCGGCUGCUGGAGGAGAACAGAAAGCUUAAAUCACUGUUGGACAAGACAGAGCUGAAUGAAAACUUUUUACAGGGUGACACGGAAAAAGUGAAAUAUUACACUGGUCUUACUUGUUUUGCUAUUUUUAUGUCUGUGCUAGACAAUGUAAAAGCUUUCCUACCAGCAUCAAAGAAACUCUCGCUGGGAAUGUCGGGUCUGUCCGCCGGCAGUACAGCCGCGGGACGUAGCGCUAACAGCUGA